AUAAGCACUUUGCGUACGGCGCCAUACGAAUUACGGCUAUUGCAGGAGUUCUGCUACUGCGCUCUCACUACAAGACGGAUCUUUCCGUAUGGCUUCUCCCGGAUCGACCAUAAGAAAAUCGUCACCAUCGCUCAGCAGUGCUUGCAAGUUCGCAAUAACAAGAAGAAAAAGAAGGCUACUGGACCGGUGGGAAGGAGAUGAUAGGAUUUUGGAUUGGUGGCUUUGUGGAGUUGGAUUUACGCGAUUACCACAAGAAAUAUACUUCUGAACACAAAACACACUCUGUUCGGAGUCGCGUUUUUAUAGCACGCUGUUCUUCCUACUGGUGUUACCAAGUUUCGUAUUUUACUCGUAGAACUUCACUCGUUUUUCGUACUUAUAACUCGUUACAACUACCUCAGGUGGUAGAACUCACAUCUUCAGAUAUCCUCAAUGUAGUGGAUCGCUGCUGUCUAUUCUUGCUACUCGUUUCGUGACCUCUUUCGAUGUAUGAUGAGCCCUUUGAGUUCGUUUACCGAGAUCGACUAUCCAUCCUGGCUCUACUCCCGUUGUUGUCAGGCAGUGUUUAUCGCAAAUUUUUGUCGGCAAGAAAAAUCUCGUACUAACAUGGAUCGUGCCGCAAGAAAGAGAAUCGCAUCGUCCUGCAACACCGAGGAGGUAUGCUUCAUGGAGCGAAGUCUCUAGCUUUCCUGAUAAAACUACAAAUUGUCCUCACUACUCCGAGUUUUAGAAUACAGGGAUACAUAGAGCUAGCUCCACGACCAGAGAAAAACACAUCUACUUCUUGCAAGUUGUAUAACUCAGCUAAAAGGGCACCACAUCAAGAUGGAUACGCUCACUCUCCGUUCGAUACGGAAGGCUAUCGAGAAGGAACAGAAGCUAAACGCAAAGUUCGCGGAUGAAGCUAUUUUGCGGGAGUCUCUAAGACCUAAAAGUCCGGACGAAUUGAUGGAGAUAGCUUCCGCGGAGGAAGCUGAAAGGGUAUACUCGCUGUGAUGGAUUACUUUUUGAUGAAAAGGAACACUCACAUCAUUCAUUCAUUCAUUCAUACUUCAUUUUUGUACUUUUUUUUUUGGGACCUGGGUCUAUAUUCCUCGCAAUGCGAACAUUUGAUUACCCUGCGAGAAUCCUGAAGCACCCCCGGCCAGGCGCCUAAAAAUACUAGACACAUUCACUCACUCCUUCAUACUUGAUGCUGUACUAUCAUCCUUCAUCGCUGUACUUCUGAUUCUUUGAUCAUGCUUAAUCGUUUCUCAAAAUCAUCAACUUCAACAGUCACGAAGUCCUCUCCGGGAGACGAGUGCGGUGCAGUGGUUGAGUCAGAACAUGCGGUUGGUCCCAGAUCCGUAUGAUGUGCGAUAUCAACCUGGAUCCUUCACGCCAGAAGACUUGCUCUACUUUCUAAGGCUUCAGUAACUAAUGGUCCAUCUCUAAUCCAUCUUUUUGAAAGUCAUCCUGAACGAAGAGUCUGCUUUUCAAAAAGGGUCCGUCUUAUACUAGGAGAAAUCAUCCUAGGAGAGAGGCUUUUCAAGGGGAAAAGACACCCUCGUCCAGGAUGCACUAUUUUGAGAUGGAAGAUUAGUGUCGUGAGCUCUAAGCUUUGGCGUCUCGUGUGAAGAUCAGGGUCGCUCAGCGUAUCUGCGCAAGCGCAAAGGGACAGACUGGCAAGACAAGAAACCGUUUAUGACGAUGAGGGAAAGUCAAGUGGUAUUUGCUUUCUUCUUUUUGUUUAUACGGAAGAUGAGAAAAAGUGAUCUUUUGGACCAGAACUGCUGGGUAUCUUGCUCUUGCUUCUUGACUAGAGACUUUUCUUUGAGUUUCAUCUUUCUACUUCGAAAAAUUGUAUUUUUAACCUUCACAUAGGUCGGCUGGAACCUGCGGUCUCAUGUGGAGAAGCCGAGUAAGUUUGCCCACCGACCAAUAUUGGAAAACCAAUUCUUCCGCGUAAAUGGUGUACCCUUGAAGAUGCAUGGAAAGACAGACAUGUGAAAAUAUCCACUAUGAAAAUGAAUGUGCUUCCCAUUAUUAUCGACAUGAGUUUGUGAUAUACACCUCCAUAUACGACUGUGCUUUAGAUGGUGAAAAAACCUCGAUCAUGCUUAUCUCCGAACCACAUACGCUAUUCGGUCUUACUACGUCACACAUAACUACAUUCAUAAUGGCUAGUACAUAGUAUUCGACAGUCGAAUUGCGACUCGAUUAUUGGCAGGUCCCUCCAAAUGUGCUUGAGCAUUUUCCUCCUUCACAGCCUAUUCAUUGUAGCUGCCUAUGAAAUUUGCUAAGAAAUUUUUUUGUCGUCUACUCCCAUUGCAUUCUCAACACUCACCAUGACUAUGACAUCGAGUCUUCAGUUGCUAGGUUCUCUGCAAAGGAUCGAAUGUGCAUAUCGAAUUCCAAACCUACACUUUUAUAAAGUUGCUUACUCGAGCUCUUGAUUGGUCCCCAUGACUACAACAUAUUCUGCGAUAAGAUGAUGUAAACCCCGAUUCCAGAGACUAUCGCUGGCCCGGCGUAACUAAGCCCAUUCCAAAUACAACUGCUGUAUCCACCCUACUCGAACAUACUUAACCAGAAAGACACCUACUUCGAACGCGUCUUCGAUUAUAAGAAGACUAGUAAU